UCUCUCACCGGCAGAAGUCUAUACAGCUGUGAGCCUUCCGAGAAGUGCAAGCCCUUACACACAAAAACAAGCGGUCGCCAUGCUGCCAAAUUGGCUGUUUCUCUGCGGCGUCGGACUCGUCUGUCUGGGCUGGGUACUUGCCGAAGACAAUGAGUUCUCCGACAAUCUCCAUACAUACAACGAGGAAGAUUAUGACCCUGAUGAGGAGUUUGACAAACGAGGCUUCGGCGACAAACGUGGCUUUGGCGAUAAACGAGGUUUUGGAGACAAACGCGGAUUCGGAGAUAAAAGGGGAUUUGGAGACAAGCGAGGAUUCGGCGACAAAAGGGGUUUUGGAGACAAAAGAGGUUUCGGCGACAAAAGGGGUUUCGGCGACAAGAGGGUUCCUAGUGAAUUAAACUCCCGUCUCUUCAGCAUGAUAUUUCGAAGCCUUGGUUACCCGGAAGGUCGCAGGUUGUUAGGCAGGCGUGGCCUGUUUUUAUAAACUGGUGUUUCACGAAACCAUUGGGCAAUUUCAUCAGGGGAGACAACUCAGGAACUGUAAACAUUAAACUCAAUGAAGGUUACUCUAUUCGGUCAACAUUACAGCUGAUGUGUAUGCACACUGUGUACAAAUGUAAGGGCGAACUUGACGUGUCUACCAUGCAUGUUUGAAAGACUGGAAGCCGAACGUCACGAUGCACAGUUUGGGUGGAAACUCAAUUCUUCAGGGCUCGACUGAACGACUUUAUAUAGUUAUAUCAUAAAAAAAAAAAUAGUUCAUAGCAAUUGAAUAAAAAAAUAUUUUGUACCCUAAA